AUGGAGAAGGAAACGCAUUUACCUACCGGUUUUGAAGAAGACUAUAUCAACGAGUCUCAUAUCCAGGAAUUUGAAAAAGCUUUAAAGUAUGAGGAUCAGGAGGACAACAGCUAUUUAUCAAGGGACGACUCCGUAGUUUCUCUUGGCGGAGUCACAACUCCAAAGAGUACAGGCAUAGAAACAAUAACGUCUCAAUCUGACUGGAUGCCUGUUUACAACAAGACAAAAAGAAAAACUAGGCGGAAUUCAAGUUUCACUGAGAGGCACCCCCUAUUGCGCAGGCAAACUUCAAAUAUCCAUACAAGUGGUGCUGAAACCGAAACAGAGAAACCACUGUCGUCAGCUUCCUCCCAAUAUAUGGGUGCAUAUGAUGAAUACUCGCUCACAUUCACGAUCCUGAGAUACCCCUUGCUUGCUUUUAUAAUAGGAUGGACAUGCGUAUUAUCUUUCCUUUAUUUUCUCGUAAGAUUAUCAAUUACUCUUUCUGAAAAGUUGAUACUUGCCAAAGAUAAAAAAAGAACACAGUUGCUAGAUAGCCUGAAAAAUUCAAAGAAUUAUGAUGAAUACAUUGCCCAUGCAAAAAAACUAGAUGAAUAUUUGGGACUAGCAGAAUGGUGUAACCAAGAUAAAUAUAAAUAUUACGAUUGGAGAAAUCUUAGGAAAACAAUUCACAAUCUCCGAAAGUUUAGGUAUACUCAAAGAUACGACGAUUUAAUGGUGGUUUUGCAAACAUGCGUGAAAUCCAACUUUGCAGGUACAGAAAACCCAUUGCUGUAUUCCCACUGCUAUUAUGGAACUAAAAAGCUCAUUGAAAGGUAUAACGCCGAAGUGGUAAAAUCGCUAGAAACCAUUAUAAAGGCUGAAAACAUUAGUCUUAAGGAGAAAAGAAUAUUUUUCAAGAUAAUCAAUAAAAAUUUUGGUAGAACUUGUUUAGUGUUGAGCGGCGGUGCAUCCUUCUGCUAUAAUCAUUUUGGCGUCAUCAAGGCUCUUAUUGAAAAUGAUCUUAUGCCGAAGAUUGUAAGUGGCACUUCUGGCGGUGGUAUGAUUGCGGCAUUGGUGGGAUCACGGACCAAUGAAGAAUUACUUAAAUUGAUUACACCUAAGCUAUCAAGUAAAAUGAAUGCAUUUGGCACUGAACCGUUUUGGGAAGGCAUAAAACGUUGGUGGAAAACUGGAGCUAGAUUUGAUUCAGUUGAUUGGGCAAGAAAGGCCCAGUGGUGGACAAGGGGAUCAACUACAUUUGAAGAGUCAUACAAGAAAACGGGGAAAAUUAUAAACAUUUCAACAGUUCCAAAUGAUAUCCACUCACCAACCAUUUUAUGCAACUACAUAACUUCGCCAAGUUGUUGUAUAUGGUCUGCUAUGUUGGCAUCUGCUGCAGUUCCAGGGAUUUUGAAUCCUGUCAUGUUGAUGGAGAAAACUAAAGAUGGUACAGUCAGGCCUUUUUCAUUGGGCAGUAAGUGGAAGGAUGGAUCACUUAGAACCGACGUUCCAUUGUCUACUUUGAACAUGUAUUUCAAUACCAAGUUUUCGAUUGUCUCUCAGGUUAACCCGCAUGUAAUGCUUUGGAUAUUUAAGAACAGAGGUGAUAUUGGAAAGCCUGUUGUCAGAUCAAAGGGUAAGACAUAUAGAGGUGGUUUUAUUCUAAGCUAUCUAGAGAACUUGAUCAAACUAGAGAUUAUAAAAUGGCUGAAGUUAGUUAAAGAGUUUCAGCUAUUUCCUAAUUUGCUUGAAAGUGAUUGGUCUAAUAUAUUUUUACAGAAUUUUGGUGGUACAAUUACCCUAUUUCCCAAAAUUGUAUUGUCGGACUAUAAAUAUAUUCUUUCAGAUCCGAAUGAGGAACGCUUAGAAUCCAAGAUUAGAAACGGAGAGUCAGUGACUUACCCUAAACUUUUAUUCAUAAAACAUCGACUGAAUAUAGAAAGAACAAUUGAAAAGGGGCUGGAAGCCACCAGAAUAAAUAUUGACGACACCGCAGACGCCCCACCGAAUCUAGUGCAAAAUAUUAUUGAAAAUAAUAAUAAUCUAAAAAAUUCAGAAGAUGCUAUAAAUAGUGAAGUCGAUGAUGUUAUUCCCGACGCUGCAAAUUGUAAAAACACUCAAGUUGUCGAUAAAGAUCAGGAUAUCUCAAAUGAGGAAGAUUUAAGUCACAGUUUAUCCUCUGAAAGUGAUGUCCCUUAUGGAUCUGACGAUCUUCCAAGUGACCACUCUGAAUAUAAGGAUGAAAGUGAUGACGUAUAUGGUAAUAAUUUGGACACUUUACUGAAUACCGAACAUAUAGGUAGAGCAAACUUAGGAUUUCUGGGGAUUCAGAUGGGCAUUGAUAUUGAGAAUUCAAGUGAUUUCUCUGCAAAUGAUGGAUCUUUUAACGAAGACAACUUCUUUAAGAACGACAGCUAA